CAUCACUUCGUCAAGCACUUUUGACGCGCCCAAACCACCUGCGCAGGAAUCACACCCGCUUGACAAGCACAAUCCGGAGUCGCCAAAAUGAAGCUCGUCAGGUUCCUUAUGAAAUGCCAGAAUGAGACGGUCACGAUCGAGCUCAAGAACGGCACCAUUAUCCAUGGCACAAUUGCCUCUGUUUCUCCCCAGAUGAACACGGCUCUCCGUACCGUCAAGAUGACCCCGAAGGGCCGCGAAACUCUCUCGUUGGAGUCGAUCAACAUCCGCGGAUCAAACAUCCGCUACUACAUCCUCCCCGACAGCCUGCCGCUGGACACUCUCCUCAUUGACGACGCGCCUAAGCCCAAGAACAAGGCCAGGAAGGAGCAGGCUGACCGUGGCGGACGUGGCGGCCGCGGAGGCCCGAGGGGUAGGGGCCGUGGCCGUGGCGGCAGGGGACGUGGUGGUGGCAGGGGCUUCUAAACAGUUUGAGGCUUGGAUCGACACGGAAAGAGCAGCGGCUUUGAGCUGGGUUUCACGAUAUGAAGAAAAAGUGGUGAAGGCGAUCCCGAAUCAUGGCUGGUUCGACACUGAAGAUAACCCGCGCUCUCACGUAUAAUGGCGCGGAAAAGAGGUCUGCGCUUCGGAGCCUGGUGGGGGAUAUGGGCUAUUCUGCGAGAGUGCUUGAGGCAAUUACGUUGCCUGUUUGGCGUAACUGGAUAUUGCAGGAAUGACAGCGAAAAGUAACACCAUUGCGCACGUUUUGAAGAGCAAGCGACUCUUGUGGUUGAAAGAGCAGCGCGAUUGCGGCCCACGACACGGUUCACCCAGCAACUAACCUCAAUGUUCUUGUGCACAGCGAAGGCGCGAAAGAAGACGAUUGAUUAGAUUUUCCAGCUUCACAUGACG